UGAGUAAGUACUUAACCCGAAUUUAGAGUGAAUUGUGACUCGAUAAGUUGUGGCCUGACUCAUAUCAUACCAAUUACGUAAAUCCUCAUCACGGGACGGAUUCACUUUCUGCAUCCUCCGGAACUAUUGUUUGCCAAUUAAUUAAAGGUACAAGACAGAUUUCUAAAAAUAUGGGGUCUCGUGGUGGUAGUAAAUUGUACUUGUUACCGCUCGGUGUAGCGAUCAUCUUCCCACUCACGUUUAUCAUCACAUUUUCUGUCGCAAUCUCGAAAAAUCAUGUUAACUUUUUCUUCUCUUACAUUUCCGACACGGGCGCAAUUCCCCAGGAAAGCUUGAUAUUUGCCCAACUUCUCAACAUUGCCGGAGUUUUGAUCGGAUUAUCGGCCUAUGUCAGAUUCAAACAGGUUGAAACCUUUAUCAAGACGGAGGGCAAAAACUCGUCCAAGUCGUCGCCGAAUUUAGGAAAAUUUAACAAAAUUGGGAUAAUUUUUGGCAUGAUUUGUGCCUUGGGGUCCAGCGUUGUGGGAAUUUUUAAUGAAAAGGAUCAGAUUUUUAUACACGUGGUGGGAGCAUGGAUGGCGUUUGGUGGGGGCUCGGUCUACUUUAUUUUCCAGGCACUGAUCUCAUUCCAAAUGGUACCACUUUUUGGGACGAAGGCGUUAGCAGGGUUUCGCAUGGUGCUUGGAUGUGUGUGCUUAUCUCUUUUCUUGAUAAGUUUCAUGACCGGAGUUAUGGCCACGAACAACUGGGUGGAGACUGGAAAUAACAAGAUAAUGUUGAAAUGGCUUCCGGAAAAUGGUGGUUGGGCUUAUCGUGUCACAUCCGUAACGACAGAAUGGAUAAUGGCUGCACUACUGGACAUUUAUUUCAUAACUUUAAUCGACGAUUUUAGAAAGAUUCGCUACGAAACACCAAAGUUCUCUUUCAUCACCACGGACAAUCGACGAAAUGGAGCCGGUGUCCACAUGGACCGCAUUGGAUCCGACGAUGUUUAAGCUCAUGGCGAAAAUAUUUAUUCCGAAAAUGUACAAUUAUUGGACUUUUGUAGUAAAAUAAAAACGUUUAAUUUAGUACCGUUA